UUUCACUUCCGCGGCCGUACAAUCUCCCAGACGACCUCCAGCCUUUAGGUGCUAAUUAAAAUGUAACGGGGGAAACAACAGUUAUGGAUUACUGGCAAAAGAAAAAGGUCACCGAGAACAGCCGAGCAGACUCAGCGAUGAGCGAAUUCGCCGAGAAGGACAAGUGGGUCUGUCCCAACGACCGGGAGCUGGCGCUGCGGGCAAAGCUGCAAACGGGCUGGUCGGUGAAGACGGGCGCCCUGAGCAGCUUCUCGCGACAGGAGCAACUCAACGACAGCGAGCAGGAGCUCAUCGUGGACGUCAUCAAGAGGGCCGACACGCUCGAACAGCUCGAGAAGCGACGGGUCGGGCGUUUGGUUGACCGGCUGGAGAACAUGAAGCGCAACGCGCUGGGCAACGGCACGAGCCAGUGCGUGCUAUGCGCCAACGAGUUCGGGCUGCUCAGUGGUUCUCCGCUCAUGUGCUACGACUGCAGGAAGGCUGUGUGCAGCAAGUGCAGCGUGGACACAUACGGUGCCCAGAAGGAACAAAUAUGGCUAUGCAAAAUUUGCUCAGAGACCCGAGAGAUGUGGAAAAAGUCCGGCGCCUGGUUCUACCGGGGCCUGCCCAACUACAUCGCGCCGGAGAAGACCGAGACGAGCUGUCGGUACGGGCCCGUGAGGAGCAGCCACAACGGCACCGAGGCGACUUCGGCCGCGCUCGCCGGUCGGGGCUGGCACAGGGGUACGCAGAAUGAGAAAGACCUGAGCGACAGCUCCGAAGACGAGUCGAAAGCAGUACGCGUCAACAGGAGGGUCAUCUCCAGGAAGGCUCUCUACGACUCCACGGACAGCGACUCGUCGGCCAGUCCGCGGAUGGGCAGCGGGUUCCCGCUGUCGCCGGACCACAGCUCGGAGCGGCUCAAGCCCGAGGGCCCUGCGGACUCUGCUGGCACAGAACAUGCGUCCGACCUGUCACCGAGUCGCAACUCGCCGACACCCAGCGUGCGCUCUUACCACUCGGACAUGGCACCAUGGAGGCAACGGCAACUGCAGAGGGAGAAGGAGGCCGCUGCGGCCGCCGCGGCCGAAGACGAGGACAGCGAAGACGCGGCCAGCACGCACCGCUGCUCGCCUUAUCUCGUCGAGGACCGCUCGGCCGACAGCCUGGGCAGCAUCGGCGGCACGGGCCGCUACGUGAGCGCCCACCCGCCGCGAUCGUCGCGCCGCGAGCUGCUCGACGUGGAAGGCGACGACGCGAGCAGCAACGGCGGCCGCGCCGACUCAAGUAAGCCCAAGAGCAAGAGUUUCAUCCGCAGGCUCAGGCUCACCACCAGGUACUUGCUCUACAACGAAAUAAGCUCUGACACCGGCCUACCUGGCCUCUUGGCCAAAAGGAAAAGAAAGGAAGAAAGGGGUCAAGUGGUGUUGGCCCAGCGCGCGUUGCGCCGUAGGCUGGCGACUGUUGUCGAGAUUAAGUGUGGCUGGUCUAAACGGCUGGGUGUUGCGAGAGAGCAACAUACCAUAGUGAACAUACUCUUGUCUGUAAGGGGAAUUUGGCAGCUGGGUGUACGAUUGAGCAACUCUCGUUAUCACAGCUGCGAGAGAAGGACCUCAAGGGUGACUUCGGCGAAUAAGAGGCAAUCGGCAAGGCUGUCUUCCUGCAACGCAACAUAUGCCCUUAUUCUCUCUCGUCCAGUAUCGGCGGGGACCCUGGAGUUCUCGCUGCUCUUGCUCAAUGGUGGCAAGGCGCUCAAGUGCAUCAUCCAUCGCGCAAAGGAACUGUACGGCACAGACUACAGCGGCUUCUCGGAUCCCUUCGUCAGGGUACAACUCCUGCCCAGCUUCAAAAAGGGUGAUACAAAGCAGACGAAGACUCUGCACAAGACCGUGAAUCCCGAGUUCAACGAGACCCUUGUGUUCCACGCAGACAGCACCAUCGACGAACGAAAGCUCAAGCUGACCGUGCUGGACGACUACCGGUUCGGGAGCUGCGCCCUGGGCUCGACCACGGUGCCGCUCUCGCUACUCACGCCCAACCAGAUGUGCUGGCUCAACGCAGCCCUGGACAGGAGCCGACAGGCUCGUGACGAGGCGUCGUGCCAGCUGAGCCCCGAUCGGCCCCGGGUGCUGGUGUCGCUGAUGCACGCCAGCGGGCGCAACCAGCUCAUCGUGGGACUCGUGCGAUGCGUGCGGCUCAUGCGCAGGGACCGGACCCCAACGGCGCCCUUCGUGCGACUAAACCUCAAGCCGGAUGCUGGCCAUCCCGGCUGGAAGACGACCGCGAAGAAGAAGACUGCGGAUCCCGAGUACAACGAGGAGCUUGCCUUAAGCCUGCAGUCGAACGGUGACCUCGCCAAGCACUUUCUGCAAAUCACGGCCUGGGACAAAGACAGCGGGAAACCCGACGAAUAUCUGGGUGGCAUCGAGCUGGGUCUGCACUGCAAGCGGGACCAGCUGCAGCACUGGGUGGACGUGGCGCGCUUUCCCGACCAGCGUUUCGAGCGCUGGCACCCGCUGGUCGACGUGCCACUGGUGCCUUGACGAGCGCAGCAACCUCGCUCCUGCCUCUACGCCCUGCGAAAGUUGGCCUGUCCCUUCGUUCCAGGCCAGGCUUCAACGCAGCGAUGAGAGCUUCUGACAUCGACCAAAACCUCUUGCAACGAUGAUGUACCCGUGGGGGUACCACGGCUUUAACUUUCUCGUCUUGAGAUCUUGUGAGAAGGUAUCCCUCUCAACACGACACGGAAAGUAGCAGCCGUGUCGCACGGUAUCGCCGUUGACCUUGUAGGGUCUGCAUCGCGACGAAAGAACGUGCAAUUCGCUGUGUCCGACCAACACAACACAGGAGUUUGCAUUGUAAGCUGUGACUGCGAGUCGCUUCCAUCGACAUUUAUUUGUUCCUUAUCGGAAGGUCUGAAAGCGUCUUGCACUUGCGAGAAAAAUGUUAAACAUACAUUACGUCAGUGUCCGUCGUACACGGAGUGCGCGCUCAGCACGCCUCAAUGCUACUUCACUUCAAACUUGCUAGAUGACAGGCAGGAUGGCAGAAUGACAGGAAGAAAAAUUGGAUCACCUGCCCGGUUUGACGUUUACGCGUAAAGGUUAUGGAACUCUUCUCUUAUUGAUUGUUGUUAAAUUGAUUUUAAAACGAAGUUUUAAUCGUAUUAGAUUAGCAACAGUACGGAGAGGUUGAAACUAACCGAAAAAUGCGAAUACCGAUGCGAAUGCCUACACAAUACGCCGAAAUGAACGUCGUUUGGCUUCGUUAAUGUUACCGGGCUUUGUGGCUGUCUGUACUACCUAAUGAACGCUCAUAUGCCUGCACGGUGCAUGCGUUUAACUCUCGCCUUUCUCAUUAUCUUUCUGCCCCCCUCCCCCAAUAGCCAUUGUGGAGUAGUCAGUGGAUUAACCUUUCUUGCUCUACUUCCCCCUCUCCCUUUCGCUAUUUUUUCUCACCAUUGGUGAAUGGAUGGUAUCGCUACAGCCCUUAAAACAUCUCAAAGGCGAGCAUUUUACACCUCAAUGCAGUUUGCAUUCGCGUAGAGCGCGAGCAAACAGCAGCAAGUUACACGAUGAUAGCUAUCGGGGGGAGGCGUUGAUCGCUGCAAGUGUUGCCAUGGUUCAUAGAAGAAAGGAGGCAAAAGGCCACUUCGUAACUCCAUGUGUCGAGACUGUGGGGCAGGUUGCAAGCAAGACCAGUAGCCCGGCUGACGUCAGAAUGUGUGAGUUGUGAACGAUAGAGUUCCCGAAGCUUACGUUAUUGCGAGAUAUGGUGGCGCUGGUGUCUAUGCGGGUACAUCGAGCGUCGCUUAACUAAGAUUGAGAAUAACUCGAAGCAGCAGUAUUCGCUCGCUUCGAAUCACGGGCAAGUGCGGUAGGCGGCUGCGGCUAUUUCGCCAAUUUUCACAGCGCAGAACAGCUCUGAAACCAUGCCGGCUUGAGACAAUUCUUCGAACCACGGGCAUGCCUUGAGUACCCAGUUGUCAGUAAAAUUAAACUUCACUCGUAUGUUUCGUCUCCUAUUACCUGCUGAAAACGAAUUCGGCAAUGUUGUUGAAUUUGACAGUGCCCCAGAAGAGCAGUGCGUGCCAUAUCACUUAACUCUAAACGCAUAUCCGAAACUGGCACAAUCUGAUUAGCCGAGUCUGUGUGUACUGUGCUACCUCAUAUGAAGUUGUUGCUCCAGCAGGUUAAGUUUGUGUGAGCGUGGCCUUGGAGAUUGACGCCCGUGCAAUGUCAAAGGCCACAGCGUGAAACUCUAUGGUCGCGCGCUUUCCAGGAGCUACGGGCAUCGACGUCUUUUCUUCCUCUGGCAGGAAAAACUAAAACAAAAAACGUCGUCAUGGCAGUUCAGCUAAGCUGGCCUAAGCAAAAGUGAUGUAGAUAACGACGACGUCACCUUCUGGUUGACGUAAUACGUGAGCUUCCUGCUUGUCUGCCAUGUCGCUCAUGUGAUUUUGUACUGCCUACUUCCGAGACCCUUGCGUAAUUUGGUUUCGUUUUCUUUGUCCUCGAGAUGAGCCGAGAGAUCUACUCUUACUGCUGCAUUGUUUUAUACCACCGCGCUGCGCCUAGGGUAAACAUUUGAAAGAGCUUACUGCUAAUGUUUGCGUUAUCUAACAGUUUAGUUUUCAUGCACUGAAUCCGCAAUUUCCCCUCAAAAUUUUUAGCUCGGCUCCGUGUCGUGUAAUAAGAAGUGCGUUGCGUCUUCCGACAGUGGCUUUAGAACGUCCUGCGUUCCCACCCGGCAUGAUGGAAACAUAUUUCAUGCAUUAAUCAUCAGUCCUAACUUGGCGCCGAGGCCAAAAAUUAGAUAUUGAGUGGCAAGAGGCGUGAGGUAAGCGGGAAUGGGUCAGCCCACCUGUCUUGUCACGAGAGACAGAGAGAGAGAAGUCCAAUGAUACGAAAUGCCGAGAGGUCGGCCUGAGGUAUAUUCCUCUAGCCAGCUACUCGGCAUUGGGGGAAGGGGAAGAGGGAAAGAAAGAGGGUAAGAUAAUGGGUGACGAUGACGAUAACGAUACUGUCCUAUCACGUUUUCUGUUGUCAUUGUGCUUGUAAAGUUGUAGACACGAGAUAUGUAGAGAAUCGCCGGAAAUUACUCUUCAGGUGAGGACACCCUGCCCUUCGCUUCCCUUCCCACUCUUCAAGAAAGGAAGGAGGGAAAUAUGUGCCACGUAGCCUCCAUAUUCAAUAAUCGUGCAUGAUAUUUUGGAGAACCAUUGUAUACGGACGUUAUGCGGCACAUUCGGUUUUUCUUUCCCUGUUUUCCUUUUUAAUCGCGCUAACACUUCGUUACUUGCGCACAAACAGGUGAUGAUGACUUGUGCUAUGACGGCGAAGCACAAUGUUGUCCACACCGCAUCUGCUUUCCAUCAUAUUCAUUGUCUCAUUUUUCAUGUCAUCUGCGUAUCGCCCCUUCCCGCGUUCUGAAGAAAGAAAAGCAAAGCUCUCUGUGUGUGCUCAAUGAAGCAGAUGGCGUGAUAAGCGAGCACAGCUGCCAUUUUGCACUGCACUAACAUGUAGGAAUGUAAGACCGUCGUGUGUGCUGCUGCCAUAAUUCUGACGUCAUCCAAUUGUGUCACGUCCUCCAGUUGAGAUAAAGAAAAACUCGGGGGAAAUGCCGGCAGAAAAAGGGGUAUAAAAACUGCACAAUAUGCAGUCGAAUAUGUCUGGGGUCCAUCCCAGCAUGUGAAAAGGAGUCCGAGAAAUUUGUCGGGGUUGUGACUGUGAUGCAAGGCAGACCUAGCACACUGCGACGUGCACAGUGGUUUUGCUGACUUACAUCUGCAUUUCGUUUUGUAAGAUUACUUUUUUUUUGUGAUGCAGCUAUUGGCGGCGUGCGCUUCAAAUAAUUAGUUCGCUCAAGCGUUUGGUUUAGUAAUCAAUUUCACAGAUCAGUUCAGUGUUUUAUGGAAGCCCGUCUGACGAGGAACGAACACAAGUGAAACAAGCUGCAGACGCGCCUAACCAAGAAAAGAAACACAAACGAUACAGACGUUAUGACGCUUCGGGGUAUGUACGGGUCCCUUGUUCGCAAGUGGUAGGGGCACCAGAACGUUAUAGUUUGUCUUCCUCGAAGCGUCAGAAUCUGUGUUUUAUUAUCUUCAUUCAGCGGAUUAGGUGCUUUUUUUCUAUUCGUUUUAGUAACACAGCCUGCAAUAGAACAGUACUCCGGCUUUUCAGGGUGACGGGCUUCAUGCGGGGCCAGAAAUAAUCACGUUGUUAGGAGCGCAUGUGGUAAAUAGCAUAAUGGUUGUGUUUAUGGCUCGUAAAGAAGGUAUACCUUACUUCACAAGAAGUACGGAAUUCAACGUUGUUUGUAAGGUGCGAACAUUUACUUUAAGGUCUGUGGCUGGCGGUAGUAAAGACGUGAGCAAAUUAGAGUGCCGCUUGUAAGUUGUGUAUAUCCACAUGUUUACUGGCUCCAUGUCCAUAGAUUUACUGUAAAGAAGAAUUCAUUUUUAGAUGUGCACAAACAUUUCGAUGUUCCAGUGCGCCCUAUCUGCACACUGGCGUUAACCUUGACACCUUUGAGCCUUUUGCAUCGAACAAAGUUGUGUUGAAGACGACGUACCCUAACUGGUGUCCGCGCUCUUCAUCCGUUCAGUGGUUUUAGUCACACUACAGUUUCUCCGCUUGUCUCCAUGUUAUCUGUUGCGAUAAACCGUGAUUCCUUUGUCAAGAAUACUUAAGCAUACAAAAUGCGCAGCUGCAUCAGCUCCGUAUCAGCACAACCGGCCUAGUAGUGGCCGCCGGCAAAAGAAAAAAUUAACCAUAGUGUUUUACGUGCCAAAACCACGACCUGAUU